CUGCAGCAUCAUCACUCCUCCCAGGCUGACACGCCGCGCCGUCCACACGGUAACUUCGUCUCCGGAGGCGGCGCGCCCGAGAGCGGAUGCGAGCAGUCCGCCGGUGCGUGUGCGUGUGCGUGUGUCAAGACUCGGACCGCUAAACUGACGAUGGAAGAAGCCGAGCGCGGAGCCCACGUCCACGCGCACCCCUGACCGUGUGACCGUGCACGGCGAGCGGGACCUGCAGCAGCAGCAGCUCUGGAGGGGGGGACCGGCGGAAGGGUUUUGGGGGGGACGCUCCGGUCCUGGUGGGGAUGAAUGAGGCAGGAACGCCGCAGCCGCUUCUGACAGAGUGUGGGGGGUCCACUCUCUCCGUGGAUUAACACACUUUGAGAACCCCCCCCCCCCCACUCACCCCCUCCCUUGAAGGAAUAUACCUCAUUUUGCCGAUAUCACCGGAACAUCGUUAACCAGGUGGAAUUGUGAGCCAAUUAACGUCCUGUUAGAGACCCUCUGCUCCCCCUUCCUUCUUCCCCCCCCCUCCCACUCCCACUUCAAAAAAAAAAAAAAAAAAAAAAACCCCGACCUGGACACCCCCCUCCAACCUGCCCCCACUCUCCCUCUUGUGUGUGUCCGUGUCUUCCAGGAGAGGACACAGGUUCGAUUCCAUGGCUGCGGGGGUCACUCUCCGAUAACUCACCUUGGAGGUCCGGAACCCACCUACGCCCCCGCCCCCCUUCUUCUUCCUCCUCUGAAGGGGAGAUUCCACCUCUCAGAGUGUGACCCCCCCUUUCCUCCGUUUACCCCGGUGACCCCCCCCUAAAUCCCCCCCCCCCCCCCAAAAAAAAAAAACAAAAUGAGACUGUCCAAAAUGUGCCGUCUGAACGCGCUGGGGAUCUACUUGUGGGAGACGUUGGUGUUCUUCAGCCUGGCGGCGUCCAAAGAAGCCGCGGCGAGGAAGGCCGCCUCCCCAAUGCCGCCUUCGGAGUUCCUGGACAAACUCAUGGGCAAAGUUUCGGGCUACGAUGCCAGAAUCCGCCCCAACUUUAAAGUGUGGAACAAAGACCCCAAAGGCUCCAAAAAUGAAGCUACUCACAAGAAAGGUCCUCCUGUCAACGUGACCUGCAACAUCUUCAUCAACAGUUUUGGCUCCAUCGCUGAGACCACCAUGGACUACCGAGUCAACAUCUUCCUGAGGCAGCAGUGGAACGACCCCCGGCUGGCCUACAGCGAGUACCCCGACGACUCGCUGGAUCUGGACCCUUCCAUGUUAGACUCCAUCUGGAAGCCGGACUUGUUCUUUGCCAACGAGAAGGGCGCCAACUUCCACGAGGUCACCACGGACAACAAGCUGCUUCGCAUUUCCAAGAACGGCAACGUGCUCUACAGCAUACGAAUCACCCUGGUCCUGGCCUGUCCCAUGGAUCUGAAGAACUUCCCCAUGGACGUGCAGACGUGUAUAAUGCAGCUGGAGAGUUUCGGCUACACCAUGAAUGACCUCAUAUUCGAGUGGGACGAGAAGGGUGCCGUGCAGGUCGCCGACGGCCUGACGCUUCCUCAGUUCAUCCUGAAGGAAGAGAAGGACCUGCGCUACUGCACCAAACACUACAACACAGGAAAGUUCACCUGCAUCGAGGCCCGUUUCCACCUGGAGCGUCAGAUGGGCUACUACCUGAUCCAGAUGUACAUCCCGUCCCUGCUCAUCGUCAUCCUCUCCUGGGUGUCCUUCUGGAUCAACAUGGACGCCGCGCCCGCCCGGGUGGGUCUGGGCAUCACCACCGUGCUGACCAUGACCACGCAGAGCUCCGGUUCCAGGGCCUCCUUGCCUAAGGUGUCCUACGUGAAAGCCAUCGACAUCUGGAUGGCCGUGUGUCUGCUCUUCGUCUUCUCGGCGCUGCUGGAGUACGCCGCCGUCAACUUCAUUGCUCGUCAGCACAAAGAGCUCCUUCGCUUCAGACGGCGGCGACGGCACAUGAAGGAGGACGAGACAGGCGAGGGCCGCUUCAGUUUCCCGGGCUACGGCGUGGGUCCCGGUUGCCUGCAGGCCAAAGACGGCAUGGCCAUCAAGGGCAACAACAACAACGCCCCGCCCUCGGCGGCGCCGGAGAAGAGCAUCGAGGAGAUGAAGAAGCUCUUCAUCAGUCGCGCCAAACGUAUCGACACGGUGUCUCGCGUGGCCUUCCCGCUGGUCUUCCUCAUUUUUAACAUUUUCUACUGGAUCAUCUACAAGAUCAUCCGCAGCGAGGACAUCCAUAAGCAGUAGACGCGCCGGCUGGCCCCGCCCACCCCCCCGUCCUCAUUGUAGCCCCUCCCCAUCUAAUGCAUGGCUGCCACACCCACCCCUCCGUGUGGGACGAGUCUAACCAAGACACGUGGUGAAAGUCAUGUCCAUGUCCAUCACAAACUUUAACUCCGCCCCUAACAGGAAGUAACAAAGCAAUGCAAGAAUAUUUACAUGCCCCCCCACACUUCAUAACACCCAGCUGCUGUGAUGAUCACAUGACUGAAUUACAACAAAAAUGGCUGACUCAUUAUAUUUAUUUAUUUAUUUAUUUAUGUGCCAAACUGAGGUCAAGUGACCACACUUGGACAAAAAGACCGUGUUUACAUCUAAUUAGUGCUUCCUCUCUGUGACCCCGCCCCCCCCACCCAACACCGUCACGUGACACGCAGCUUCUCUAUGCAACCAUUCAUAUGCAAAUGACGUCAGCUAUGCCCUCUCAUACAUGCUGGGACUUACUUUUAUGACUUCAAAAACGAGAAAAAAAAAAGAAAAAAUAAACAUCUCUUCAUUACCAGCAGGGGGCAGCAAAUUCACAAGCAAUGGCUAACUUUGUUAUGACUCAGCUAGCAAAACUAUUUUCAUGUACUUUGCUUGGUUUGGCUAGCUUAAACGAUUAGCAUAACAUCAUUCAACAUUCUCUUUUUAUUUGAGUUGCUACUGCUGGUUUGUUAACAAAGUUUGUGUGUUCUACUUUGUGUUAUUUACACUCGUUGGCAUCCAUUAUCCUUUUUUUUUCACCGAAGCUCCUUGGUUAGCUAGCACCGCCUCGCCAGGACGUCUUCCGGUGUGAAUUGAAGUUCCCUCCGCGAAGUUAUGUUUUUCACUUCCGCAUCCGAGCUAGCACCGCCUCGCCGGGGACGUCUUCCGGUGUGAAUUGAAGUUCCCUCCGCGAAGUUAUGUUUUUCACUUCCGCAUCCGAGCUAGCACCGCCUCGCCGGGACCGUCUUCCGGUGUGAAUUGAAGUUCCCUCCGCGAAGUUACGUUUUUCACUUCCGCAUCCGAGCUGCUUUUCCAUGUCCGUGGUUGCCGUGGCAACAGCACCUGUCAAGAAGUCAACAUUUUUUUUUUGUGUGACGUGAUGGUUCCUACGUGCCAUAGCCACUGAAGCUAGCCUUGCUAGCUAACAGAGGUGAUAUUUGUGCCAUAGGGGGGCGGGGCAAAGCGGGGGGGCGGGAACAUAUGAACACGUCAUUCCAAAUAAGGACCUAUAAAAACAUUCUGUGCUUCCAUUGGAGUAGCUUCUCCAGCGUGAGAUCAUGUGACUUCUUAUUAAACGCGGGGUUUAAGAAGGGGGGGGGGGGUCUGAGAGGCUUCUAGAAGAUUAGGUUGGAUUUUGAAAAGUAGCAUGUUUUGAUUUUUUGAUGAAUUUAAUUCCAAUUUGUUGCAUUUUGAUGGGCGGCUGAGACGAAGUUGGAUCUGUUGAUUUGCUUUGCACACGUUGGAAUGGCCUUAAUUUUGCUUUCUGAGCUUCUGUUGUCAACUGGCACCAAGUGCAAACGCUUUGAGUGCAUAUCUGAGCAGGAUGGAAAAAAAAAAAACAAGUUGCGCAAAUACCUUUUAUUUUCAUGAAUCCGAGAAACAAUAUUUUGCAUGAAUAUUAAGAGAUUGGCAGAUAUUUUGCUUGCACAACAUUGUGAAGCAAUUUGAAGAAGAGAAAAAAAAAGAAUGUAGCGUUUCUGCUGUUUAUGUAUAUAUGGAAGUAUUUAUUGAAAUAUGUCACACUACUAAUUCUAUUAACCACAAGACAAAACGUUUUAUGAAGCUGUUUUUUGAACAUUGUCGACAAGCUUGUUGUUUCUCCACUCCAGGAUCUGUGUCAUGUUCAAAAAAAAAACAUUAAAAACGGCAAAGAAAUGUU